AAAAAAAAUCUUCCACUCAAAUUCAAGAUGUUAAGAAAAGCCUUUGAAUUCCAAUCUAUGUUUCUCCUUCUCCUUAUUUUCAUCUCUUCAUUACAAUCAUCAAAUGCUUAUCCAUUAUCAACAAAAUCAAGAUGGAUCAUAGAUGAUUCAACAAGUGAACGAGUGAAACUUGUUUGUGGCAAUUGGGCUGGUCACCUUCAACCAAUGAUCCCUGAGGGUCUUGAUAGAAGACCUCUAAAGGAACUUGUUGGUGAACUUGUACAAAAAAAAUUCAAUUGUGUUAGAUUAACAUAUGCAAUUUACAUGUGGACAAGACAUGGACAUGACAUUGUUAAUGAAACUUUUAGUGAUUUGGAUGCACCUGAGGCUGUGGAUGGUAUUGCUAAGUAUAAUCCUUUUGUUUUGAAAAUGACUCACAUUGAAGCUUUUGAUGCUGUGGUUAAUGAACUUGCUGCUCAAAAUGUUAAAGUGUUGCUUGAUAAUCAUGUUAGUGAACCUAAAUGGUGUUGUAAUGAUGAUGAUGGAAAUGGUUUCUUUUAUGAUAGACAUUUUGAUCCUCAAGAAUGGAUUCAUGGACUUACUUUGGCAGCCAAACACUUUAAUGGACAUCAUCAUGUUGUAGCAAUGAGCUUAAGGAAUGAAUUACAUGGUCCACGCCAAAAUCUAAAAGAUUGGUACAAAUACAUGAGCCAAGCAGCACUAUCCAUUCAUAAGGCAAAUCCAAAUGUGCUUGUGGUUAUCUCAGGUUUAAUCUAUGACACAGAGUUACAAUUUUUAAGGAACAAACCAUUGAACAUAGACAUAGGUAAAAAAAUGGUGUAUGAAACACAUUUGUAUUCAUUUUCUGGAAUUGGAACACUCAAAUUGAGAGAUAUUUGGACUAAACAACCAUUGAAUAGAAUAUGCGCAAAUACCGUUAGAGGGUUGGAUCAAAGAGCUGGUUUUCUUACAAUUGGUGAGAAUGCAGUUCCUUUGAUUAUAUCAGAGUUUGGAUUUGAUCAGACAGGUUCUUCAGUUGAGGAUAACAGGUUUUUGACAUGUCUUCAAACAUAUCUUGUUGGAAGAGACUUGGAUUGGGGUUUAUGGGCUUUUCAUGGUAGUUAUUAUGUUAGAGAAGACAAAGUUCAGCUUGAUGAGUCAUUUGGUGUUUUGGAUGCUACUUGGCAUAACCUUAGGUACCCUAAUUUCACUGACAAGUUCCAACUCUUGCAAAGGAUGAAUCAAGAUCCUACUUCCAAACUCCCCAAAGCAUAUAUCAUGUACCACCCUCUUACUGGUAAAUGUGCACAAGUGAAUGAAAAGAAUGAACUUGAAAUUGGUAGUUGUGGAGAGAAUAAAAAUAGAUGGAUAUAUGAUGGAUCUCAAAUCUUAUGGAAUGGAACUAAAAAGUGCUUAACUGCAUCUGGUGAAGAUCUUCCAGUUUCUGUUUCUGAUGAUUGCAAAAGCAAGAACAGUUCAUGGAAACCUGUAUCACUUUCUAGGCUUCAUUUGGCUACAUCACAUGAUCAAAAUGGAAAACAACUUUGCUUGCAUAAGGAUUCAAAUUCUUCUGUUGUUGUAACUUCAAAAUGUAUUUGCAUAAAUGAUGAUUCUCUUUGUCUUGAUGAUCCUCAGAGUCAAUGGUUCCAACUUGUUGCCACCAAUGUUUAGUUUGAUCUUAGGAAUUUCUCUAUUAAUAAAUUUAGGUUUAUGAAUGAAUAUUAUUGUUGAAGAAAAUUUAUCUUUUUAGUUUUAUCAAAUUGAGGUUUUAAGGUUAUGUUUAAGUUUUUUUAUGCAAUCACAUGAUAGACUAAGACAUUUCUUUAUCUAUUUCCCAUUGAUGAUUAUAAUAGAACUAUGGCAUGAAGACACAUCAUUUGAGCACCUCUUUUAUUUACAAUCAUGACACUGGGGGGAUGGAAAGGACAUAUUCAUACUCAAAUCAUGCUAUUUACCAUUAUCAUCUAUUAUAUACCAAAACUCUAAAGAAAGCAAUUUCAAUUUCUACACAUAACACAAACCAUAAUAUAAAUUAGGAGAAUUAACAUAAUUAGGAAAUUAACUGGAGAAUUAGGGGCUGACGUUGGAGCACGAUCCAACACACGUGAGAAGGGGGGUGAAUUCAACCAUUUGGUUGCUGAUGUAUUGCAACCACAUGGGUGUUGGGUAUGUAAGAAGAAGGGGAAUAGUAAGUGGUGUAAUCAAUGGAGGAAGAGAGAAGGAUGCAAGAAUGAGUGUAUAACAUUUGGUGAUUGGGAACAGAGACACAUUUUG